AUGGGCCAGUCUCUCUCAGUAAGCCAGACCCUGGUGUCCCAAGGUAGCAUUUUUGAACUCGGUUUCUUUAGAUCAGGUACUCCAACUUCACAUAGCAUCUAUCUUUGCAUAUGGUACAAAAAUAUUGUUGCUGAGAACGUAGUUUGGGUAGCUAACAGGGAACAAAAUUCAUCUGAACCGUCUUCAAGGCUUGAAUUCUCUAGAGAUGAUCCAGACGAAAGAAAUCAAUAUUUUAUAGAGUGGAACAAUUCCAAAAGGUAUUGGAGCACUGGAAUUUGGAAUGGUAUUGAUAUAACAGAUGAUUAUGGAAUCUAUUACAAUUUUACAUCGAAUGAAAACGAAAGCUACCUUACAUACUCUACUUGGUAUGCUAAUGUGUUUCCAAGAUUGGUGAUGGAUAAGUCAGGACUGUUAAUGCGUGUAAUAUGGACGGAUCCGAUUUCGCAUCUUUUUUGGUUUCAACCCAGCCCUAGUCAGGUCUAUGCUUUUUGCAGGAAAUAUGGCAUCUGGAGAGAGAAUCUCUUGAGCAUUGGCUGCGAAUGUUUACAAGGUUUUAAGCCAUUUUCAAUUGAAGACACAAUGCUAAAUGAUUGGUCUGGGGGUUGUGUGAGAAAGACACCAUUGCAGUGCCAAAAUGGUACCUACACCAAUGGGACGAGUGAUGGAUUUCUAAGACUUUCGAACAUCGCGACAUUACCAGAAAAUUCAAAAGUACUUCCAGAUAGGAGCCUUGAACGGUGUCGCAGGAAGAACUUGAAGGUGAUCAUAACAGUGCUGAUUUUGCUAGCAGUUGGCUUCAUAGGCUGUUUAAUCUGGAGAAAGCUCAAGCAAAUGGGUAUAAGAGAAGAGAGAGAUUCAAGCGCAAGAGGGAAAGAUUCAAGCGACGAUUUACUAUUAUUUGAUUUUAGUACUAGUACAAAUGCAGCUGCUGAAACAAACAUUGGAAAUAACCUAGGGAAAAAUAGAAAGAAGGAUGUUGAGUUGCCAUCCUUUAGCUUUGCGAGUGUAUCAGCUGCAACGGGUAACUUCUCGGUAGAAAAUAGGCUCGGAGAGGGAGGGUUUGGACCUGUUUACAAGGGUAAAUCACUUAGGGGACAAGAAAUAGCAGUGAAAAGGCUUUCUAGAAGAUCUGGACAAGGGUUCCAGGAGUUCAGAAAUGAGGCAGUAUUGAUAUCAAAACUUCAGCAUCGAAAUCUUGUUAAACUCUUAGGAUGCUGCGUUGAGCGAGAUGAAAACAUAUUAAUCUACGAAUAUAUGCACAAUAAAAGUUUGGAUUUCUUCCUGUUUGAUACAAACAAACAAGGGAUGUUAGAUUGGAGAACACGUAUUCAUAUCUUUGAAGGGAUUGCUCAACGACUUCUUUACCUACAUCAAUAUUCAAGGCUUCGUAUAAUUCAUAGAGAUCUAAAGGCCAAUAACAUUCUUUUGGAUAGCGAGAAGAACUCCAAAAUAUCAGAUUUUGGCAUGGCAAAAAUAUUUGGUAGUAAUGAAUCAGAAGCAAACAUAGACAGCAUUGUUGGAACUUAUGGGUAUAUGUCUCCUGAAUAUGCAAUGGAAGGUAUUUUUUCAAUAAAAUCUAAUGUGUUUAGCUUUGGAGUAUUGCUGCUUGAGAUUGUGAGUGGCAAGAAGAACAUUGGUUUUCAUGGGCGGAGCCACCUGUGGGCUAACCUGGGCUACGCAUGGGAGUCAUGGAAUUCUAAUAGAGGGAUGGAGUUGAUGGACCCAAUAUUGGGUAAUCCUUCUUCCACGUCUACAUUGUUGAGAUACAUUAACAUAGGACUUCUCUGUGUUCAAGAAAAUGCAAAUGAUCGACCUACCAUGUCUGAUGUUGUCUCUAUGUUUAGCAAUGAAUAUGCACCUCUACCAACACCGAAGGAACCUACAUUUUUUACCAACCGGCAUGUGAUAAACACAAAUCCUAACAAUGCUGGAAAUUGUUCAGUGAAUACCAUAACACUUUCGGAUAUUGAAGGCAGAUAA